AUGGCACAAAAGCUCGACUUGGGUCACUCCACUCUGCGAAUCCGAAAUUCAAAGUUGCAGCUUCGCUUGGCCGCAUCGGCUUAUUUCACCCAACCACCAAGCCACGGAAGUUUUCAAAUUGAACUCCCGGAAUUGGAAAAUCUAGAAAGUGUGUGGAUAACAGAGGCACCAGAGUUGGAGCUGCGCUUCUUCGUCGGGGGAGAUUGGGACGGAACUGAAAUGACGGCAUUCGUCUCGAGACUGAGCAGCAGACUCUGUAAUAUGGAGAUCUGGUCGGAUCUGGGAUUCUCAGUUGAGUCCAAGGCGGCUGCACGUGGAUAUUGUAUUGACACUUCUGGUUUCCACUACCUCGGACUUGGCCUGCGCAGAGAAUGUCGAGUACGAAACCACACAACGGGUCGGACUUUGCCUAGUUCAAUGACCAAUCCCCCAGACGCGUGUCCUCCUCACAGUGUACCGGUAGCUACCUUGGCUUCAAUUGACAUUCGGCUGGAGUAUCGUCUUCACACUAAGGAUAUAUCACAAUCCCAGGGCUGUUCCGACUUAGAGAUUGGUCUUCUUGGACAAGAACCAUCUAUUGACACCAGUUUCCAAGUGCUAGACAGAAUGGCAGAAGCCGCAAUGCUACAUCCAACGCAUGACGAGGAUUCCACUGAAGCUCUUGGACCGCAGACUGCUUGCGUAUCUGGAGAUGGAUCAGCUAAAUCAUGGGAGGAACUCUUUCGACUGCUCGACCUUGGAAUUCAAAGACUGGUCAUUUCCACCUCGAUCAAAGAUCGCGCGAUCCGUGUCUCACAACAAGACACGAUCAAGAGCCUCGCAGAUAUCUCACCCGCAGUGUUCAAUCCUGCAUAUCGGAAUGCGGUCAACCAACGAGGAGUGACUAUUCCAAUAAUCACGAAAGCCAUAUCGGCUAUGUUAGCAGGAAACAAGGAUCAAUCUACCAAAGCUAAAUUAGCUGAUUUGCUAGAGCUUAAUCGCUGCCAGAGCACAAAUGAUUUGACAAUGAGGUCUCAACUUCCAAGUUGCAGGACUGCAAUCCUCUCAUCACUUUGGCGUGUCGCCCAGAACAAUGCCCCCAAGAUGAACUCAAUCAAAAGACGAGCUUCGAUGUUCUCCAUGGAGAGUUUAUCAAACGGAGCAACUAGGUCAGACGAGCCGGUGCGGCUCAUGUCUGCAAUUCAGCAACAACCUGACAACGAAAAUCCAGGACAGCAUCGUUCGUUCCAGACACAAUACCACAACGAGGACGAAGUAUGUGACGUUUAUCUGUUGAAUAGCGAACCUGAGGACCAGCUUUUGGACAAUUUCAGCGAGACAAGCUUCACAGACCUCGGCGAUUCCACUCAGACAUCCCUUGACACUGUGUUCUCAUCAGUUGGGUGCUCUCAGGCUUCAUACCGUGAUUAUGAUACUAUGCUUCUCUCGGAUGAUGGCGAAUUGACAGAUUAUCCGGGAAACAAUGUCGGAGACUAUGAUCCAGGAGAAUAUAUGGAGACAUACGAUACGGACAUUAUAAUGGCUGAUGACCUUUAG